AAAACAUUCCAUUUCGUCAAUAAUUGGACAUAUAAAGAGGACAAAAUAGUUUAGUUAUCCUGAACUUUUACAGCAAAGGCCAUGGACAGAGAGAGUAUGCAGCAGCUGUCCCUGCGUCUGUCCCGGGUGCUGGAGGACAUUGGGGUCAGCAGGUUCAUCCGCACCAGGAGGAGGAGAACAUUCCUGAUGAUAGAGACAAUAGACGGGAUCAGAGAUGAGUUAGCUGGUAGGAACAUCACUCCCUAUACAUUUGGAAGCCAGACAGAGGGAACUACCACACAGGGGAUGAAGUCAGAUAGAGACACAUUGAUAUGUUUAAAUGACUGGCCAGUAAUACUUGACUGGAGUGAAUGGAGGCAGGGGAAGGAGAAUCUUCUUGUGGUAAAGAAUGAACAAUCUUCACCCCAACACUGCUGGCUACAGUUUGUGAGACCUGACCUCCCAUUACCAGUGACAGAGGUCAACAGGCCUAAUUACAUGGUGGAUAGUGAGGGCAGAGUGCUGAGGACCAACACUCUAAUUGAGUUGCAUGAAAAUAUGAGGCAAUUGGGCGAAUCUGGAGAGAUGUUCCAACAUGGUCCAUCAAGAAGCUGGAAUGAAAUGGAAGAUUUUAUAGUUGCAUUUCACUGUACCAGCCUUCCUGAAGAGUGCAAGUUUCUAUUCUGUAGGCCACGACCUGGUCACUGGCCCAGACCUGACACACUGGCCAUGGCAAGACAGACUGGAGUGUUCCUGGUGCCACAAGGAUACACUGAGGAUCCUUCACGACCAGUCAAGUGCCGAUCCACAACUUUUCAUGUGCCAGAAGAAAACAUGUACUAUCCUCUGUAUAAGCGGGAGUGGAGAUUUUCAACAUCUAUCAUGGAGAGACUUCUUGUAUUUGAUAUGAAUAUAAUACAGCAUAAGGUGUAUGUAUUUCUGAAAAUGCUUAGAAAAUCAAUAAUAAAGCAGGUUGUUGAUGACCGUUUCAGUACAUUUCACGUGAAGACUGCAAUUCUGUUUACAAUAGAGACAUAUCCACCAAACAUAUGGAGUGAAGACAACCUUGUACAGUGUGUGAUCUACUGUCUAACCACACUACUCAGAUGGCUGAAGAUCAGGAUGUGUCCACACUACACCAUCUCAGGGGUGAACCUGUUCACUGGAAAGCUGUUCAAACAUGAACAGUACAAACUGCAUUCUAUGAUAACAGAAAUCAUUUACAGCAAUUUCCAGUGCCUAUAUACAAUUGAAAUGGAUGAUCUGGGAAGGAGAAUGUCAUCUGUGAUUUCAUCCCAAAUUAUUGGGGUUGACCCUCGAUGCACACUCUAUCAAGUCCAAAUGGUUGAAUUGUACAUACAGUGGAAAGCAACUUUUGAGCUUAUUUCUUUACUAAUCAAUGACAAGAGGGACUUAUAUCAAUCUUUGAUAGAAUAUUCUGAGACACUGAAUGUUUUAAAGAACAUUGGAACUGAAAUAGAACAAGAGGCAGCUUCCUUGUUAAUACCAUCAGUUUGUGGAGCCCUUGCAUCCAUCAAAGCCUCCAGGUGUAUCUACCAAGGACAACCUGUCACACACAGCAUUCUCCAGCUGUACCAACUGUCCUUUGACUCGGAUCUGUUGUCCAGCAGACUGAAGUUUGCCUCCAUGUUGUACUGCAGUGGGCAGUAUGAGGCAGCAGCAAACUGCCUGACCUACUGUGAGGGCCUGCUGGGGCCUGCAGUGUGCCAAUAUUGUCAGUGUGAAGGAAGACAGGGAACAUUAAUAACCAAUGAGUUCAGGAAAAAGACUGUAAACACACCAUUCAAGGAUAUAUUACAGAAGAAUACAGACUCACAUGUUAUGUUCACUAAACAUGAUAUCCAUUGUGUUCCACAACAUCUGGUGUAUGAAAUGUUCAGAACAGCAGGAGAUGAAGACAUACAACAGAGACAUCCAGCACAUAAAUAUGAAUGGAUGGACCAGAUUGUGAUUGACUGUGUCCCAUUUCUCCACUACCUACAGUACCUCACACACACACAACUGAACCAACGUGACAGAAAAUUGCGGGCACUGAACAACCUUUAUUUCUACAUAUCCUCAAGUAAAGACGGUGGUCAUAUAGACACAGCCUGGAACAUGCUGGGCCACUGUUAUGAACUGGAGAAUGAACUGAAUCUAGCCAGGGUCUGCUACACUGAGUCACUGCAGCUCUACCCAAGAAACAAUGCAGCCAUCAGGCACAUGGCUAGGAUCAUGCAUCAGCACUUAAAUGGCUGAAAAUGUUUUCACUCAGCCUAGUUGAUAGCAUGAAGACCCAAUGCAGUUAAAAGAAAGAAAAUAAAACAUCUGUAUUAUUGACUUAUUUUUAAAGAAAAUUACUUAUACCUUGAAAUUAAAAUACACUUUAAACUAUAUAAAUGUUUAUUACACUCAAUUUAAACUAGAGCUAACACUGAAGGUGAUUAAUACCUCCGAACGCUGCCCUGAUAUGAAAUUGCAGUCAACUAUUUGGAAAGCCAACCUAUAAAUGACAACUUUAUUUUACGGACUAUCGUCAGUUAUUCACUUUUUUAUUAUGUUUUUAAAAGUUAGAAAAAGGCUUUAACAAUAUCAGUGAUGCUAAUACUGAGAUGUUUAUACUGAUAUAUUUGAUGUUCUAAAGCACAGAAUAUAGGAUUGCCUAUGACCAUCUAUAAAUGAGUUAAGUUACUUCUUUUAUACCAGUAGUUUCAAAGUAAUGGUUUAUAUAAACAUAUUUAGAAAGGAAAACACAUAAAAUGUUAUGGAUUGGGUUAUUUUUGUUUUGUACAACUUCCGAUUGUUAUUGUUAAAAUAAGAAAAUAACUCUUUUAUAAUUGUUGUGAAUUGCACAAGUUAACAUGGCAAUCAACAAGAGCCGUCGCAUUGACUACGUUGCUUUUACUUAGAAGUGAAUACAAUAACGAUGUUAUAUUACCAAGUUUGGUCACUUUAUGUCAAACCUAACUAAAAUCAUUUAUACAUAAGGUGACCUUGAUGCUGCCCUCCCACCAGCCCGCCCGAAUAUGACGCAAGUCAUUCAAAUAAGUCAAUCAGGGGCCAUAACUUGUAUUAAGGAUAAUACAGUGAAACUGCGUUCCCUCAAACAAGCGGUCGUUCGAGAACUUGCGUUCCCUCGAGGUCGGAGCUUGGUCCCCAAACUUUUUUCCUUCUAUUUUCAUAUAAAAUAUACCCACGCUGCAUCGAAACCUAAUUAUUUCGAGAAGUCGAGCUAUAUCCUCGGUCCCAAGUACACAAAUCGUGCACAAAACCUUAUGGCUCCCUCGAGGACAUAAUUUCACACUUUUUUCCGAAUGGGUGUUCCAAAAUAAACAAAAAAGUGCUAGGUGUUAUAAUUUUCGCAUGUUGUAAAAAUGCAAUGACAGUUGAAAGGCAAUUUGAUAAGGUGUGAAAAACCAUUUUUCACUGUUAAUACAUGACCGAUAUUAGUUGAUAUGGGCAUUUGAGAUGAUAAUUAUGAGAAGUUAAUGACGAGAAGCUAACGCUUUAGAUGUUGUCAGAAGGUUCUUUGAGUUCACUGCCGAUGCUGACCGUGAUCUUCAGAC